AUGGACUACAGCAGUGGCUGGAUGACGCAGUUUCGAGCCUCUGCUUUUAUCAAAAUGUUGUUGGUGGUUUUGUCCAUCACCUUUGUCCUCAGCGUGAGUGCACUUCCUGCAGAUUCAGAGAAAGGGAGGAGGAGAGUGGUCCAUGUUCUUGAGGAUGACACAGGGGCAGUGAUAGUGCAGACAGCUCCUGGUAAAGUGGUGACCCAUCGCGGGGGCUCCAUAACACUACCCUGUCGCUACCACCACGAGCCCGAAGACAUAGACCCCUCCCGCAUCCGGAUCAAAUGGACCAAAGUGACAGACGCGCUGCAAUUUGAGGACGUGUUUGUGGCACUGGGAAGGCAGCAGCGUGUGUAUGGAAAGUACCGGGGGCGUGUGUUUCUGGAGGAGGCGGGGCCAGGGGACGCGUCUGUUGUCAUUCACAAUGUGACUCUGGAUGAUUACGGGCGAUAUGAGUGUGAGGUCACCAACGACAUGGAGGACGACACCGGCUUUGUCAACCUCGAUCUGGAAGGAGUGGUCUUCCCCUACUACCCCCAGUUGGGGCGCUAUAAGCUCAACUACCACCAGGCAGAGGACGCAUGCAAACAGCAGGAUGCUAUUUUGGCCUCUCACUCUCAGCUGCACAAGGCCUGGUUGGAGGGGCUGGACUGGUGUAACGCAGGCUGGCUGGAGGAUGGCUCAGUGCAGUACCCCAUCUCUCACCCCCGGGACCAGUGCGGGCGCAAGGACACCCCGGCCGGAGUGAGGAACUAUGGGUACAGACACAAGGAGGACGAGCGCUAUGAUGCUUUCUGCUUUACCUCAAAGCUUAAUGGCAAAGUGUAUUUCCUGAAACGAUUCAAGAAGGUGAACUAUGCCGAAGCGACCAAGGCGUGUGUCCGCGAUGGUUCUGUUAUCGCCAAAGUGGGACAGCUCUACGCGGCCUGGAAGUUUCAGCUCUUGGACCGAUGUGAGGCAGGCUGGUUGGAAGACGGGAGUAUUCGCUACCCCAUAGUGAACCCACGCACCCGCUGUGGAGGCGACUGGCCUGGAGUGAGACACCUGGGGUUUCCUGAUAAAAAAUUCAGAUUAUAUGGAGUCUACUGCUUUAGGAAGAAGAUAGAGGAAGUGACAAGUCUAAUAGCAACAACUAAGAGUCCAGUGAAGAAUAGAACCAGUGAGACCACAAAUUCUACUGGGUUAGCUUGA